AUGUCUAUAGAAGGCGAGGACGUCCCGGAAUACAAAGAAGGGUGGGAGACGAUCACUAGGGGCGGAACGCAGGUCGUCGUUCGCACUUCCGCCAUCAACGAGACAUAUCAGGCUUUCGAGACAUUGGUAAUCUACGUGUCCACGCUCGGGACACACUCCAAAACAAAACUUGGAACAAACCCUUUUGAACUAUCCGGUCAUAACCAACACACUCGCCCACAAUCGCAUCCUGCCCUUCGCCUGUACUCCAAUGCUAUCCCCACUUCUCCGAAGUCCCUCUCCGACGUCCAACCGCAGUUCGAGGAGCUUCUCACCGUCUGCUCCAUUCGGCUCUCCCUCUCCCGUCCCGAAAAACUUGCUCUGCUCCGCUCGAUACCUGCACGAGAACUCACCAGCAAAGUCAUGGGACUGAAGAUGCACACCUUCCGACCGGUGCUGGACGGUGCCUUCUUUCCGACAGAUCUGUUUGAUAGGUUCAAGAAUGGAGACUUUGCGAAGGAGUUCGAGAGGAGACGGUUGGAGUUGUUGAUUGGUGAAGUUCGCGACGAGGAAACCAUUUACCGCCAAACGAACCCACCGGACUCGCUGGAGACCCUGCAUCUUCAAGUCUCCAACUACUACCCGUCGCACGUAUCGGACAAGCUCAUCGACGCUUACCUCACGCGCAAGGUUCACCUUCCGUACGCACACCCAGACCCAGACCCGAAUAUCGACGCAUGGAAGAAGGUAUAUGGGGAUAUCAUCUCCGAUGGUCAAGUUCGUGCCCCCUACCGCCUCCUAAUUGACCAACUGCGCCACGCAAACGUCCCUCUUUCCCGCGUCCACCGCUACCUCAUCUCCUACCGCCCCUCCUUCAUGGAUCGCGUCGCUCCCGCUACCCUCGGCGUCGGCCACGCUUUCGACAAGCCCAUCUGGAAUAUCUCGAUCAUGCAUGGGCCGACAGAGGAAGAGGAAAAGGCGAUGAGGGCUUGGAUCGCUGACCUGAGGGAGUUUGUGAAUCGCGGAUUGAGUGAAGAGACGGGUGGGAAGGGGUAUGGGACGAAGGAGUGGGAGGAGUAUAAGGUUUUGGCGGAGGAUGGGAAGAUCGAGGUGAGGAAGGAUGCGAAAUGGGCGUAUUUGCUGGAGGUUGGGGAGAUUAUGGCAGUCUAG